CUCAUUUUCAUCAUUCAAGAGCUAUGGAGUUUGGCCUUCACAAGCAAUCACUAGGGUUCUUGAAGAUGAAGAUUGGCUAAGUUUCUUUGUGGAAUCCUAGAGAGAUGAAGAUGGAGGAUGAGUCUUGAGCUUCAAAUUGGCUAAGUUCUUUUGUUUCCUAUCCUCUUCUCUUUUUACUAGAUGGUGAAUUUCUCAUAUGGAUUGGCUGCUAAAAAAUCCACAAGUUCACUAUCUCCAGAAAGCCUACUGUGCAAAUUCCAGAAUUGUCAAAGCUUCUUGAUUGAGCAUUUCUAACUCUCUUUCUACUUGUUUGGUGUUGUUUUUGAUUUUUUUUAUUUUUAUUGUUUUUAAUUCUAAUAGAAAAAAAAAAGAAAAAAAAAAUUUCUCUUGAUUUUUGUUUGCUUGCAUUUCCACUCAUACACUUGCAAAGGGCAUAUCAUUUGAGCUUCCUUGGUCUUUCCAUCAUUUUGAGCUUGAAUUUGAAUCAUUGCUUGUGGAUAUAAAUUUCAUUGCAUUUUAUGGCUUGGUUUCAUGAUCAUGAUUCAUUCCAUCAUUCAUUUGACAUCCAUUCCCAUCCAUUUCCAGCGCUUAACAUUGACCAUACAUCCCAUUUCCAUAAUCAAUUUCAACAAUAUAACUUUGAUUAUCCACCCCCAUAUCAUGAUCAUUUCCAUCCAAGUCACAAUUAUGAAUUUUUCAAUCCCAUGAGUUUUGAAUCCAAUCUAAGCACUCAUGUUGAGCGUACACCAUCCAUUGACAUUGAGCAUCUAGAAAAAUUAUAUGCACAAAGGGGUAAAUUUUAUUGUGUGCAUUGUGAGGCUAUCUCCCACUUCUAUUAUGAUUGUCCUAUUCUAAAAGGAUAUUGUGAACCACAUGGAGUAGCCCAAGCCUCACAAGAGAGAAAUUACAUGUUUCAAGUUGAAGACACACAAAAAGUUGCUCAUGAAGCUAUUGAGAAUAUAAAUACACCUCAAGCCACUCAAUCUCCAAAAGAGAAGGAGUCAAUCCAACCCUUACUUCAAGAGGUAAUUUCUCCUAUUCCUAUUGAGGUUGAUUCUUCUUCACAUUUGACUUUAUCUAAUGAUGAGCAUAAUGAUUUAAAUGAUGAUGACGUAGAUGAAGAAAUUAUAGUUGAAUCACCUUGGAUGUUUGAGCAUGAAUCAUAUUGUGAAAAAGUAUACCCUUGGGAGAAAAACACUUUGAGUUCACAUGAUAAUUCUCUUGAUUUAAAUUCAAAUAUCAUUGAAAGUGUUGACUCUUCACUUAGCUUGAAUAAAGAAAAUGAAAUGGAUGUUGAUGGUGGCGAUGAUGUAUCUUGUAUGCUUGAAAUUCCAAUUCCUUCUUGUGAUAUUGUUAAUAGUGCACAUGCACUUGUUUCUUCUAACCAUGAUGUGCUUGAGAAAGGUUGUUUACCUUCUUUUGUAGGUGAACAAGGCAAUGUAGCCAAACCAUCUCUUGAUUUCAAAGAGGAACUUGCUCAACUUGAAAAGGCUGUAGCUCCUACUAAGGAUUUGAACAAGGAAUUGAAAAUAACUCAAGAUGACAAGGAGGUUGAAAAUCAAGGAAUUGAUUUUACAAAGCCAAAUAGUAAUGAGAAUAAUAUUGAUUUAAUGCUUGAUGAUUUUGAUGAUGAGUUGGCUUUGUUUCAUAGUACUUGUUCUAAUUUCCUAUUCACUUGUGAUUGUUCACAUGAUUCUCCAUGCCCUAUUUGUUUAGAAAUUAAUUCAUUUGUGCUUGAAAAUAGUAGCAAUCAUUUACUUGAUAAAAUAAUUGAUGAUGUAUGUUUGAGUGAAAUUAAUCAUGAGUGCACUUCUUUAGAACCCAAUAUGCUUGAGGAAGGGUUCUUUGUUGAUUUUAUAGGUCUAAAUGAUGAUAUGGCCAAGAACCCCCAUGUACUUAGAGGAUUUAUCAUUGCAAUGGAAGAGACCUUGGCUAACCAUGAAGAUGAUCAACCACAUAAAGUUAUGAAAGAUUCUACACCAUACAUCUUGGAGCCAUUACAAAUUGAUCUUGAGCCUCCACCUAAGAUGCUUGGAAUGAAGAUGAUAAUGAGUAGCUUCAUGUUACUCCUCAAAGAUGAAAAUUUCAACUUCAAGAGCUUGUGGAGAUUUAAACUAGGUUGUAUCUUCUUCACCCUUUCUUUUUACUUUACUUUGCUUUAUGCUUUGAUUUGUUGAUUGAGUAAAUUGCAAGUGUGGGGGAGAUGAACCUAGUAGGAAAAUUAGAGUUUAUUUGCUUUAUUUGACUUCUUUGUUUUGUGUUUUAGUUUGAAAAAAAAAAAUAUCUGCACCACACUUUUGUUAUGCAUUUAUUAUUGAUCUCACCUUAUUUUAUCACUAGUCUAUACAUACAUUGAGGACAAUGCAUGAUUUAAGUGUGGGGGAGAGAAAUAAACAUUUUGUUUUGUUUGUUUGGUUUUGUUUGGUUUUGCAAAUAAAAAAAUUCAAAAAAAAAUUUCUUUAUUUUGUUUUGUUUGAGGUUACUUAAUUACCUAGCUCUUGAAUGGAUAUUUUGAUUCUUGAGAUGUGGUAAUUUUUAGGAUUGAAUAGGUGUGAAGUGAACAUUCUUUUACCUUGAAUUAAUGGAUUAGAGUGGCAUAUUACCCAUUCAUGGAAGAGGCUAAACACUCAUGUGUGAUUAAUUCCUUAGUGAUAUUACCCUCUAGAAUUUGUUUCACUUCUUAAUUAAGACCAUAUAUCUUGCAUUUGUUUGAUAGGAGAUGAGAGAUGGCAUUCAUAAAAAAUAGCCAAGAGCCAAAUAGCCAACCUAUUAUUAUUUAUUAUCCUUUGUUAGCCACUUUGAGCCUUUGGUUUGAUUCUUAAAAAAAAAAAAUAUUCACCCUAUUUUUCCCCAAGGAAUGCAUGUUACACUUUUAUAUGUCUUUUUAAUAUUCAUUGCAUGUCCUAGAUCAAAUGAGUGGAUGCCUAUUAUCAUUUCUCUAUCCAUUACUUCCAUUAUUUUCAAAGAGUUAGGGGCAACCAAAAAAAAAACAACAAAGAUAGAUUUGAAAAAAAAAAUAUAGUCAAAAAGAAAAGAAAUAAAGUUGCUAGAAAAAUAAAAAAAAAAGAAGAAAAAAAAGAAAAGAAAGAAAAAAAAAAUAAAAAUAAAAGUAAAAAGUUGCCUAGCUCAUCCAUUCCAUUUGUUUUAUUAUUUCUUAUCAUUUCUUUCCAUCAUCAUUGUGUUAAGGUGUUAACUCAAUUGAGUUAGGUUAUGCUUUGCAUAUUAAGGGGAUAUAUCUUGAUUUAGCAUUAUUUUGAUGCUAACCCUAUUUUUUUUUAUAUACAUGCAUUUCUUAGACAUCCUUUUAUUACCUAUAUCACAACCUAAUAAAGUCCAUUUGAUUCUUGAUUGCAAGUGCUAUUUAGUGAUGGAGAUGUAGAAGGGUUACAAAUUCAUAGUAGGGUUUAUCCUAAGAAAUUUUGAGUGAAAUUUAAUACCUUAUAGACUUUGAGUGAUGAGAGUAAAUACUUAACCUAGAGAGGCUUACUCUUUGACAUUGAUUCUUGGUAAGAGUUUGUUUGUGAUGUGCAUAAUUCUUUCGUAAUUAUUGCCACAUUGAUUGAUAAUUUGUAGAAGUUCAUGAGCUAGUAUUUUAGUGACUUGAAACAAUGUUUUUCUCUUAUUUCUUUGUCUUAUAGUUUCUUUUGGGACCUUUUUCACUUGAUUUUGCCCGGAGUGCAAAAGCAAAGUGUGGGGGAAUUGAUAGAACACAUUUGUUACCCACUUUUAUUUGUCAAUUAGGACCAUUUUAUUAAUGAUUUAUCACCUUCAA